CUUUGAAGACUGCAUCCCCGUUCCACUUGCGCUCUCCCCAAUAAACAUGCUCUUCUAACCUCUGUGUAUCCUCCAUCCACUCCACUUCUUCCACCCACACCGACUGCGUGUCCUCUCCACCCAAAACGCGCAGAAGAAUCUCACAAACCUUUCUCGAUCCCCAACUGCGCAUUAUGCAGAGUCCGAACACUGCAAAGCGGGCUGCUGCUGCCCUUGACAGCGAGGCCAAGUCAGAGUCAGACCGCCUUCGUAAUGUCCUCGGGUCGCAGCCGCCAUGGAGUAAAGAAGUAGAGCUCCAUCGCCAGCAAUGUCGUAACGCCCAUCUCACGCUCCUCUUCUCCCACCCAUUCUCACCGUAUUCGCAAUCCCUCGACUCGCUGUGGCUUCACACCACAUACGUCCUUAUCCAGGCUUACCGCGACCUCAUCUCCCGGUUAGAACGUUUCCCACCUGCUGCCUCGAAUAGCAACGGGGGCAGCAAGGGUCGACGAGGAGGAGGAGGCGGAGGUAACUCGGAGCUGAAGAAGGCGCUUACGAGGUUCAGACAGGUGCUCGCUAGUGAAGAGACGUUCUAUCGUUCGCUCGCCGCUCGGCUCGUACGUUUCUACAAUCUAGGUGAAAUUUCAGGCGUAGAUGAGACUCUCAAGGCCGUCAAGCUCCCAACAGAGUACAUGCCCACUAAUGACAGCGGCGAAGAUGAAUCGUCGUCAUACGCCGCGCGAUUUGCCUCGUUGCAAGAGAAGAAGGACAAGAUUCCCUUACUCUACAAGGGCCUGAUCUGCCUAGGUGACUUGGAACGGUACAAGAAGCAAUACAAACAGCCUGUCAACAAUAACCGCCAUGCGCAGGAGCGAGAGAGGCAAGCGGAUAAAUUUGAAGUCGCUGAGAAGUAUUACUUGGCAGCUUGGCGCUUGAUGCCUGACGAUGGUGCGGCAUGGAAUCAGCUCGCAGUCAUCUCGACAUACGUCCACAACGACUAUUCCACCACGUACUACUACUAUCGUGCUCUCGCAGUCAAGAAUGCUUUCCAAGGCGCCGACGGAAUCUUGCAGAGAUUCUUCGGUAGAAUCUUUGACAAGUGGCGAGCAAAGAGAAAAGACGGUGACGGCGAAGAAGGUGGUGAAGUGGGAGAUGGUGUGGAAAAGUGGAAAGAGGAGAUGGUUGUGCUCAUGGCAAUCCUCUAUCUUAAAGCUGGAUUCACAUACAUCCCGACUAUUCUCCCACCUCUCCUCACUUCGCUGAAAGAUUUUUUAUCUGAACGACGGCUCCCCACCGAGUCUAUUGUUCAGCUCACUUCCAUCCUCCUCGGCUCUCACUUCCGCGCCCGCUCCACCUCUGGCCUGGAGCAAGACCCAAAUUUACUCAAACGUUCCUUCGAAGCCGAAGGCAAGACGCUCGAGGUCGCGUUAGGAGUAUGGAAGAUCUAUCUGGAAAUCGCGCGCGAAGAGAUCGACGAGGCUAGAGCGAGCUUGCGAAGAGGUUUGGAAGAUAGUGCAUUGUUGGAUGAUGAAGAUGAAGAAGAACUGGAAACGGAUGAGAUGCCGCAACUGAUUUCCGCCGUCUUGCGACGUAUCCUUCCUUCCCUGCGUAUCAUCUCCAAAUGGCUCAAGCUAAACACUACCUACCUCUCUGGUCUCGCAUCGCCAUCAAGCAACGAUCAAGUCUCUUCGCCGGAGCUCAGGGCGGCGAUAUCCUCUUUCUGGAACACUUACAACGCCUUUUUCCAAUCCUCUUCCAGACUCUUCAUUCUUGAACGUCUUCCAUCGAUCACGAGGCCUCUGGAAGAAGAUAUUGAUAUGCGAGGAUUCGCGCCUCUCCAAAAGGGCAAGACAGCUGAUAUGGACUCUUUUGCAGCUGGUGCGACCUCGGCGACGGAUUCAGCGGAUGCAGAGGGAGAUGUGGAUGGUGGACAAGAGGGGAGGGAGGUACACCCGAAUGAGGAGCAUCUGAUGAGGUUGGGGGAUAUACAAGUGGACGGGUUGUUGAUCGGUCAGAGUUUGGGGUUUACUGAUCCUCUUCAUACCUUUACCACCGGAACCUUUGCCAUCCCCGAAGCAACAGAGUUACCAAACGUGCCGCGGGUGGAAGAACAUGAAAGGGAACAUGAUCUGCAGUCAAUCUCGACCAACACUGAGGAUGAUCCGGUCAACCUCGCUAUGCGUGCAAGUCUUGGCGUUGAGAGUGUUGGUGAGGAAGACGAGGAUGACGAGGAGGUUAUUGUGUGGAGCCGUGGAAGGGAGAAUGCGGUGGAUACCAGCGUAUACCAGCAGGUCCAAACCAUUCCUGCUCAGCUCCCGGCCCCAAUGGUCCCUCCUCCCAAGCACCGCCUUCAACAUCAGCAAAGCCAAACAGCCAUGGAUCUUUUACAAGAUCUCCUACAGUCUACCCCGCCCCUGGCGCACUCGUCGGGCAACAAUUCGCCUGCUCUUGUAGCUUCUUCACCGUAUGCCCAUCAGUCCCCGUCUUAUACUCAGACUGGAUUUCCCGGCAUGAACAGAAACAUGAGCGGACCUAGUGCUGGUAUUCCUUCUCCCCAUAAUACGCAAAUGCCCCCCGGCCUGCCUAUACUCGGCCCAGCCCCUGUUCCGCAAUCUGUACGGCCUGUACAGCAUUCUGGACAAGCCAAGAAUCCCGGCCAGGUACCUUCUCUCUUCAUGGGACCUCAGGGGAAUAGUAUUUGGACUAUGACUCGUGAAGAAAGCCAGCAAGGUCGCGCAAGGAGAGCUGGUAGUGGCGCUGGCACAGGCCCAGGUAUGGGUUGGGUAGGGGGUGAUGAAGGUCAGCAAGGUUCCGUUGCUUCCCAAGGCCCUCCUCCUCCUCCUGGUUUCGGAAUCCCUCAAGCACCUCAGAUUGCUCAACCUUUGGCGACGCAGAUGCAUCAGCCUCAACCUCAAGCGCCUGUGCCGAUCCAGCACAUGGGGUUAUCCACUGCUUCUGCUACUCUCCAGGCCCAAGCCACUUUCCCCCGCUCUUCGCCUGGAGCCGUUGCGCCUCCAAACCUGACACACCGGCCCCCCUCUAUCCCCAAGCUCCACCAUGAAUCGCCAGCGCGACAGACCCCCGUCCAAGUCCAACACCCUACGCGUCAACCGCGCGGACCGUCGGCCAACCCUUCGGGGACUUGGGGGGGCUUGUCCAACAUGAAUAUGGGGGGUACAGGCAUGGGCAUGGGCAUGUCCAAUGUCCCGUUGCCUGUACCCAAGAGUGAAGGGGAGGCAGCAGUACCGUAUUAUAUGCGGCCUGGAGUGUUUGGUGGAGGUGCAGCGACGCCCGCGGGGGCGGGUGGGAUCAGUGGAGUGGGUGGAGUAGUACCCGCAAGUGGAAGGGAUGGGGCAGGGCAAGGGAUAUGGGAUGGCACGAGGGGUUUCGGGCAGGGACAAGGCUGGGUCAGCGGCUCGUAAGAGAUGGGUCUAGGGGGUUUUCAAUUCUCCCACGUUCAGAUCUUUUGGCCAGAAGGCGAGCGAGAAGAAAAGUGAUAGGACAGGAUGACACUCGGGAUUGUUUCUACGUUUGAUGGUUUUCUGACGAACGAAUCGAGAGUCUCAAGGAUCCAAAUUCUUUUCCUUGUUCCAUGUCUUCUUGUCGCGAUAGAGGCUAUCGCGAAGACGUUGGCGGUGAGGUAUCUUGCAUGAACGCACGGGAAUGGGUGUAACUACGGAAACAAGACGAAAAGGAGAAGAUUUUCAAAGACGCAAAUUGAGAUGAAAAUUAGAAAAGGAUCUGAUAUAGUCUGUAGAAUCAAUGCAUUGCC